CGCGUGAAAGGGGGCAUCACCGACAUUUGGACAGGCGAGCAGGCGGGUCAAGCAUUCCCUCAAAAGCCUGCUAGUCCCGGCACCGCGCGUUGCAGGCUCUCAUCGCUCCCUCUGCUGCUGCGCUGCGGGGUGUCACGCCGGCGCUGCCUCUCUCCCUCCACGCUGUCAUUCCAGCAGCAUUGUGCACGCCGCUACUGUUUGAUGUCGCUCUUUCACGCUCGCAACGCCGCCAAUCGCGACUAGAAGCCGAGGCGCGCCAAUCCCAAUCUUCCAUCACAGUCAGUGUUUCACGCUUGCCCAGCAGCCGCAGCGCCCUCCGGCGACAUCUGCAGGCCUGAACUUUGAUACGGACUCCGAUACGCACCAGGCACGCCAGCAGCGACAGCGGCAGCCCGCGCUGUGAAACACCGUGAACGCACCAUGAACACCCGUAAUGGCACGCUGUCGCCCGUCUCGACUGACAGCCAGGAGUGGUCCCCCAUAACUCGAUACACGAACCUGGCUAGCGAGAACCCAUAUUCGCCCACGCUGCCGCCGAGCACCUACGGAGGGAGUCAGUACGGCGGCAGCAGCACCGAUGGAGGCAUGCUCAAUGGAAUGCGCCAACAAGGAAACGGCAACCCGUCGCCGCCCAGCUCUGUAGGCCGCUCGAGUGACGGCACAGGGCUGUAUGCCGCCAGCCUCGCUGGCAGCGAGGCCAGCAUGAGCAACAGGAAGAUGCAGGUCCUGGAGGAGACCAUGGCCGAGCACUUCAGAGUGCUCAAGGUGUACCUCGGGCCGUAUUUGAACGACGCGCAAGGCAACCCCCGACCUAGUAGAGCCAAGGACAAGCUUACGAGGCUGUCUGGCGUGCAAUUCCAGGAGCUUAGUACCGAUGUCUACGACGAGUCGUUGCGAAGGGAGCAAGACCGCAAGCGUGGAGGACCAGGCGCGCCAGGCAACGAUACGCCCAAGUUCCUGCUGCCCAAGAACAACUUCCACCCAAAACGCAACCAGGCAAGACAAAAGCUGUCUACGCUGCCUCUCGAGCGCUUCCGCCAACUCGCGACCGACGUCUUCUACGAGCUGGAAAGGAGAUUCCCACGAUUCACCACUGGUGAUAUGGCGCGGUCAGCGAGUCCUGCAGCCAGCAUUGCGAGUCGCAUAAGCAACAGAGGGCCACCCAGCCGUUCAGGGACACCUAAUGGGAGCAUGGACAGCAGGAUGGGCGGCCGGCCAUCGCCAGGUCUCGGAUACAGAGGGCCGCCUCCACAGGGAGACCCACGAGGCAUGCAGGGGCCCCCAGGAGGACUCGCACCAGGAUCGCAGGCUAACGAAUUUGGGCGACCGCUUCCAAAGACUUUUCAACAGAAUACCAUUGUGCCGAACAAGGGCACAUUGGUAGAAGACGACGAUGAUAGCGCUGCGGAUGACGACGAUGCAUUCAACCUAGAAGGUGCUGCAGCUAGACGGCAAACAAACAAGAGUGCCAAGAGCAUGAGCAUGGCGCAAGAGAAAAUGGUUACAGAACUACAGAAACAAGUCGCAGAGCUGCAGAGCAAGACCAGUGCCCUGGAAGGCACGUUACAGGACAAAGACGAGGAGCUGCAAAAGCUAAAGGAUGCUGAGGGGACCAGAGACAGCACCAAUGCAUCAGAGCGCGCUGAAUGGGAUGAACUUCGGUACUCGCUCCAAGACAAAGUAGAGAAGGCAGAGAACCUGAACGCAUCUCUACGAUCAGAGCUAGACAGAAUACGCAGCGACCACGACGAAGAGCAGAAAAGCCUUCGUGCGCAAAUCGCCGACCUCGAAACGAACCCACCACAACAAGCAUACAACAACGGUAAUGACGAAUGGAGACAACGGUGCGAAGAGCUGGAGCGCGAGCUGAGCGAGCAGCAGCAGGUUGCGGAAGAAGUUCGAAGAGAUGCCUCUACGUUCUUGCAAGAGAUGCGCGAACUGUCUGCACGCAGCGAUGCUGCUGUCGAGAAAGAGGAACAGCUCACAAGCCAAGUGUCGACAUUGGAGGAAGAGCUCAAGGAGUGGAAAUCUCGAUAUGCCCGUUCGAAAACGCAGCUCCGAACGCUCAAGGCUUCAUCAAUCGGCUUAUCAGGCCUCGCAUCGCCGGAUAUUGCCAACUACAGCCAUGACCCAAGCUUCUCGACACCGGAUGGCUUGGUUAGAGAUGUCCACGUCACUAACUUCCAACUCAGUAUCGACGAGCUUCUCCAGAAGGCACGCAGGGUGGAUUCCGAGCAGACACUCGAGAGCAUGCGCAGUGUAGUCAAGUGUGUGCGUGCAAUCACCGGCGAAAUCGACAGCACGCCGCUCUCACAGAUGCAAUCGCCUACUAGCAGCGUCAGUGGCGACUUGAUGGCAAGUCCGGAGAAGCAGCAAGCAAAGCUGAAGUCACGCGUCAGCGCUACUGCCAACAACCUCAUCACGGCAGCGAAGAACCAUGCCUCUUCGAAUGGCCUGUCACCUGUCAGUCUUCUGGAUGCUGCUGCAAGCCAUCUUUCCACCGCUGUCGUCGAGCUCAUUAAGCUCGUCAAGGUGCGACCGACACCAGACAAUGAAUUGGACCGUGAUGGGCUAGACCGCGAGGAAGUCGAUGACAUGCCUAUGCCGCUGAAGCCAACGGUUUUCAGCGGAUACAGCGCUUUCACGCCAAACAGCACAAGCAAUAAUACAAGCGACAACAGUAGCAGCAACAACACCAACGGCGUAGGUCCUGACCGUGGCCACCAGCGUGGGCUGAGUAGCAAGGGCAGCAAUGCGACCGGCUACAGUGCAUACAGCUCACCCUACAGUGGGUAUGGUCGUGAGAGCUCAGACUCGAAUGGUGCAAAUGGUGAGAUUGAUAAUGGCAUGACAGAGUUCAAAAACUACCUUGAGGACCAAACUGCCCUCCUGGUACAGAGCAUUCAGCCACUGGUCAAUCUUAUCCGUUCCAGCCCCGACUCCACACCAGCCGAGGAGCAACAGAUCUACACCUACAUCCAAGACAUCUCACAAGCUGUUGACGACACUGGAGACCGCACCUACGAUGCUGUCAAACAACUUUCCAACCCCGCUUUGCAGAAACAUGCAAUCCCUGUUGUUCAAGUUCUUGAUGACUGCAGACGCGAUAUGCUGGACAUCGACAUCCGCAACGGCGGACGCGACAAGAUCCCUCCACUGGCUUUUAAGACGGCCAGAGCUCUAAAGGAACUCGUCCUUCGCAUCGACCGCAUCGAGUCUGGCGAAUUGACCGUUGAGCAGACUCUCAAGACCGACUUCUAGUCCCCGCAAACAGUCCGCGCAAACGACUGACGUUUGCAAUCGCUUUCAAUGAGCACCUAUGUAACGAUCCACUUCCCUGCUUUUACAUUAUACCUACAGCCUCGAAUGUGCUUCGACGCGGCGUUCGCAGGUCUUUGAUGGGUAGCGUCUUAUGCACCCCUCCUGUUGUUUGCAACCUGUUCAUGUUGGAUACCUCGACUCGCUGCUAUGCGAGCAUGCGACAUCACGAAUGGUUUAUACCUUACCCUACCUAUUGCUAGUGUCUGUUAUCAAGGGCGGGUUCGUUGUGCACUGCUGAGUGCUUGUGUGAUCGACUCAGUUGUAUGUUCCAAGGGCAAUACUAGUCAAACCGAAUGUGCUAGUAGCAGCUUCGCAAAGUCGGAUUGAACGUGUACAGUUACCUUGUAGUAAUGAUUUGAGCCU